AUUAAUUGCAGUUAAGAGCACUCAAAGCUUCCAGUUCUACGUAGCAUUUCGAAGCGAGUAACUCACGGGAAGAGUUUGUGCUAUUUGUAAAGCAGAGAAACAAAGAAACACAAAUGUCGCUGUUACAAAUCUGCAUUUUAAUAGGAGCGAUUGCGUUUACCUUCGCUGAGAUUGUAGAUUUCAAGCCGUGCGGCGAUGUCGACGCCUGCACCAUACACGAAGCACGCAUCGAUCCUUGUCCACAGGCUAGCGAGCAUUUGGCAUGCCAUAUACGUCGCCGCCGUCCGGCCACUAUGUCCUUCGACUUCACGCCCAAUUUCGCUGCGGAGACGUUGGAAGCCGGCUUGUCUUGGCAGAAGAGCGCUACACAGGACCUCCCGUUGAUCACCAUGGACAAGGAGGCAUGCAAGUACACACCCUGCCCGACUGUUGCUAAUCAACGUCAGACAUACACCAUAGAUGUGCCGAUCGAAAGCAAAUUCCCACUAAGUUCGUACACAAUCAAAUGGACGCUGAAGGCGCCCACCGGACAAAUAUGCUGCUUCACCAACGACAUCAAAGUUGUGCGUUAAGAAUAUGGAAGAGGAAGUGACAAAUAUUGCUUUACAGUUUGAUUUGAUAUGGAAAAGAUAUUGAUGAUGAGAAAAUAGUCGGCAAAAAAAAUACUUGUUAAGAAAAGUUGCACUUUUAUCACGAAACUCGUUAACGCUACAUCGAUUGAAAUCCUUUAGAGUGUUAGUUAUUGAAAACAAUUGUCCAGAAAUAAGCUAACUGUGUAAUUAUUAUUU